AUGGACCCAGUGGAGCACAUCGGAGAGACGAUACGGUACAAGGAUGAGAAUAGCAGCAUCGUUGAGUGUACCAUUGAGGAUGCGGGGACCAGUAUCGUGAAAGGAGACUUCUUCAAGCUGUCAUACCUUGGCAGCGGGCAGAAGGAGGUCUCUUCCGAAGAAAUGGCACUUAUCUUGAGGAAUGCAGUAUGA